AUGGGCGUUCCAGCGCUGUUCCGCUGGCUCAGCAAGAAGUACCCCAAAAUCAUCUCGCCUGUGGUUGAAGAGCAGCCGGGUGAGAUCGCGAAUGAGGAUGGCUCAGUCACGAAAAUCCCCAUCGAUGCGCGCGGACCCAACCCAAAUGGUGAAGAAAUGGACAAUCUAUACCUAGACAUGAAUGGUAUUGUGCAUCCAUGUUCCCAUCCAGAAGACCGCCCGCCUCCCGCGAACGAGGAGGAGAUGAUGGUGGCAAUUUUCGAGUACACUGAGCGCGUGGUCAACAUGGUGCGCCCUCGUAAGCUUCUCAUGAUCGCUGUGGAUGGUGUCGCCCCGCGUGCCAAGAUGAACCAGCAGCGAAGUAGACGUUUCCGAAGUGCACAGGAAGCUGCCGAAAAGGACGCCAUGGCAGCUGAAUUUCACGCUCGCAUGGUCGCAGCAGGCGAGGCUGGCGGUGACGACGAGAAAAAUUCCAAACCCAAGAAGACUUGGGAUUCCAACUCCAUCACUCCUGGUACUCCUUUCAUGGACUUGCUUGCUGCCAGUCUGCGAUACUGGAUUAGCUACAAGCUCACCACUGAUCCUGCGUGGGAGAAGCUCAAAGUCAUCAUUUCUGACGCUACUGUGCCUGGUGAAGGUGAGCAUAAGAUCAUGAACUUCGUGCGCUCCCAGCGCAGCUCCCCAGACCACGAUCCCAACACAAGACAUGUCAUCUACGGACUUGACGCGGAUCUGAUCAUGUUGGGACUCGCCACCCACGAACCGCACUUCCGCGUUCUGCGUGAAGACGUCUUCGCAAACGAUACCAAGCCCGGUCAUUGCAGGAAGUGCAAUCAGCCAGGCCAUAUCGCUGCCAAUUGCACCGGCAAGCCGAAGGAGGAAGAGGACGUGGUCAAGCCACUCAAGCCAUUCAUCUGGCUGCAUGUCGGCAUUCUGCGAGAAUACCUGGCAGUCGAGAUGUGUGUGCCCAACCAAGGUUUCCGAUUUGAUCUCGAGCGUGCGCUAGAUGAUUGGGUCUUCAUGUGUUUCUUCGUCGGUAACGAUUUCUUGCCACACUUGCCUUCUCUGGACAUUCGGGAGGAUGGUAUUGACACACUCAUCGCCAUCUGGCGAGAUAACCUACCUCUCAUGGGAGGGUAUGUGACCAAAGAUGGUCACGUCGAUCUUGCCCGAGCGCAGAUGAUCCUGGAGGGCCUGGCCAAGCAGGAAGACGCCAUCUUUAAGAGACGUCGCGAAACUGAGGUCAAGGCUGCGGAGAGACAAAAGCAGCGCGAAGAUAGAGAACGCCGUCAGUCUAACAAGCGAGCACGGUACUCGAAUGGCGCACCCACUGGUUUUGAUGAGACUGUCAUUCGCCGUGGAGCACGAGGCGGCAUCGUAAAAGGUGAAGCUGCAGCCGAUCCGAAUGCGCUGCCAACCUUCGCGCCCGGCGCAGCACAAACCAUGAGUGAUCCUCGCUACCGAUCGAGCUUGACUCACGCAGAUGUGGUCGGCUCGGCGAAUCAGGACAACAAGUCAGCUGCAGCUGCAUUGAAAGAGCGGAUGAUGAACAGCAAGAAGGGAGCAGACAGCCAGCGAGCAGAGAUUGAUGCUCUGAUGGCGGGAGCUGCGAAUGGUAACGAUCCUCCACAGGCCCUUGGCAAGCGAACACGCGAUAUGAUCGAUGAUGCAGCCGCGGAUGAGGCCGGUGCGCCAAAAUUCAAGAUGAACACCAAGACAUCGCAAGGUCUUGCCGGCAAGAUCACCAAAGACGCAUCCUACGUUCCCAACUCCGAACUCACAUUCCCACUGGAAAGCACGCAGGAGGAAUACACCAGCCUCGACUCCGACGAGAGUAUCAAGGUUUCCUACCACAUGCCUGUUCUCGGCAGCAUCCACAAAUCCAUGCUCUUGCCUGGCGUCAAAUUCAACGAGCCAGUGCUCGAUUACAACGACAUCGAAAUGACGCGCAGCCGAGCAGAGAGAAGCGGUCGAAGUCACGGCGGCGUUCAGCUCUCAGUGGGCGGCGACAGAUCGGAUGGUCGACGCAUCAACUACGCGGCACGCGACAACGGACACCAUGACAACCGCAAUGGUGGGUUUGGAAAUGGCUAUGGCGCGAACGGAGGAUACGGCCAAGACCACAGUCGCGGCCCACCACCACCACGCCAAGAUCCUUACUCGAACCGAGCAGCCGAUGCUUUCGCAAAUCUGCCGCCUCACCUCGCUGCUCAAGCUGCCCAGCAUGGCUUCCAGUCUGCUAGAGCUCAUCCUCCACCACCACCUCCUCAGUAUGGAUACCCGCCUCGAGGUCCUCCACCGCCCCAGAAUGGAUAUGGUGGGUAUGGAGGGUAUGAUAAUCGUGGUGGCUACGAGAACCGAGGCGGCUAUGGCGGCCGAGGUGGCUAUGGUGGUUCGCGAGGUGGAUACCAGGACAGAGGCGGCUACGGGGGAGGAGGAGGUAAUUACCGUGGUAACAAUAGACGGUACUAA